UUUCGUGUCUUUUUUAAUUGCAUGUUUAUGGUAUUCAUGAUUAUUAUAAAUCGUUCCUAUUUGAGAUGCAAUGCAUUGUUGGAAACCAUGGAGUUUACUAUAUAAGGAAGAGAAGCCAAAGUAUUAAAUAUCGAUCGGUGCAGAUAUUAGCUCUACAAAAUUAAUUAUAUCCAUUUUUUUUUCUUUCUAAAUUCAAGGGAGAUAGAUGGAAAAGGAAGGAUCUAACAUGUUUUCUUCCAUACUGGAUGGAGAUCAAAAUGGCCAUUCUGCUCAAUACUGUACAGUCGAGAAGAAGCUCAGAUUAUUUGGAUUCGAGCUGAAUCCAUGCAAGAAUAACAAGAGUUGCAUGAAAGGGUGUGUGGAAGGAGAUCAUGAGAGUGUGAAUUCGUCAAAUACCGUAUUGUCAUCUGAAAGGGAAAAACCUGUCAAGGAGAAAAGCUCUAGUUCUGGUCAUCAUGGGCCAGCAGAUGAUAAGAAGUUUGAGUGUCAGUAUUGUUUCAAGGAGUUUGCAAAUUCACAGGCAUUGGGGGGUCAUCAAAAUGCCCAUAAGAAAGAAAGACUGAAGAAGAAGAGAUUGCAGCUUCAAGCCAGGAAGGCAAGCCUCAGCUGUUACCUUCAGCCUUACCAGAAUAACCUUUGUUACAAUUAUCAACAUGGCUCCAGUACUACUCCAUGGUUCUUCGAUCCCUCCUGCUCUACUACUCCUGAUCAGUUCACGCUCUAUGAGGAGUCGCAGAUUAGUUUCAAUCCAUGCGAGGAUUCCCACCUUAAUGACUCUCAGAUAUCAAAUUGGCAUGCUGUUCCAGCUCAGGUGAUCCCUUUCCAACAAGAUACUCGUUACAAGUUCACUUUCACGCAUGCCGAUCAGCGAUCCAUAGAUUACAAGCCCUCUCCUUUGCUUGCUUCCAAGAAAACCUGUAAAUCUGUGGAUCUUCAGUUAGACCUCAGCUUGCAAUCAAAUAUUCAAAGCUCCUCGAGGACAGGGAUAUAAAAUGUUCCGGUAUAGGUUGGCUAGCAAAAGUGUCUUAGAAUUUGGCCUCCAUCUUAAGUUUGGCCGGCGCCAUGAGCUAGCCCAGAUUUUCAUGUCUUUUGAAAGUUCAGAACUACUCAGUUUACUACCCACACACACAGAUGAGGUUGAAGAUGACAGCCAAAUCUCAUAAUUCCAGACUUUUUUCAUCAGGGGCAAGGCAAUAACAUGAACAGAUUACGUGUAAUUUGCAGAUGCACGGAUUUAGGUUUACCCCACCUAUAUUUCCCAUCCAGUUUUGGUUGUACUGCUUCUCUUCUUUCAUUCCACGUUUCGAAGAAUAUUAUUAUUAUUGGAAUAGGAUAAAUUGCAAUAAUUGAGCUAUCCUAAAACUAAUUGUAGCAAUCAACUUACCUGUAAUAUUUAAUUAUUGAAGUCCAAUAUGAUUUAUUGUAGUAUUAAA